AAAAGUUUGAGUUUGAGUUGCUUUUAGAAAAGACUGUCGACACUGUCGUGUCAGAAUUUUUAUAUAAAUAAUUCUUUGAUUUGAAGUGCUUUUUUUCAUUUACAAUCGCAAUUACAUUCUCCUAAUAUCGCUACUUCGAAUUUUGAGGUUUCGAUAGACCUUUUCUCUCAGCAUUAAAGGUUUUAUUUACGAUGGCACCGGUGGAUAAUACUCCCAACAUUAGCAUGGGAAAUUUCGAACUUCAAUACUCCCUGCUAGCCUACAAUAAAAUUCCCAUCUCCGAAUAUGUUUCCAAACAGACCGGAAUGACGGUGGUUAUCGCCGAAGUCGAUGGACCUUGUGUUAACGGUUAUUUUUGCCUAGCUACUGAAGCUUUCGAUGAUGAUGGUUUGCCCCAUACUUUGGAACAUCUCAUUUUUAUGGGUAGUGAAGAGUACCCUUACAAAGGGGUAUUGGAUUUACUAGCCAACAGGUGCUUAGCAUCCGGUACAAAUGCUUGGACUGACAUUGAUCACACUUGUUACACAAUGGAAACUGCUGGCAGUGAAGGCUUUCUGUCCCUUCUUCCUAUAUUCCUGGAGCACAUUCUGUAUCCAGUUCUUAGAGAUGAAGCUUUCGUUACCGAAGUGCAUCACGUUACACCAGAAGGCUCUAAUGCCGGUGUGGUUUAUUGCGAAAUGCAAGGCAGGGAAAAUUCGGCGGAAUCCAGACUUCAUUUGACUGUAGCAAGGAAAAUUUAUCCGGGGAAAUGCGGUUAUUCUUCGGAAACGGGUGGUAUUAUGAAGAAUUUAAGAGAAUCUACCACUAACGAAAAAGUCAGGAAGUACCACAAAGAAUUCUACAGGCCGGAAAAUCUGAAAGUCAUCAUUACUGGUCAAGUGAAGCUAAACGACGUUUUUAAUUCUAUAGAAAAGUUGGAGGAAAAAAUAAUUUCAAAAGGAAAAUUACCUCCGUUCGAACGACCUUGGCAAAACCCGAUACCUCCCGUUCAAGAGAAAUCUACAGAUUUAAUAAUCAAGUAUCCUGCCGAUGAGGAAAACAACGGUUUAUUUUGCAUUGCUUGGAGAGGAGCCUCCAGUGUCAAGGAAUAUUACAUGGUAGAAGCUACGAUGCUUCUAUUGAAAUAUCUCAAUGACUUUUCCGCCUCGCCUCUACCGAAGGAAUUUGUCGAAAUCGACGAUCCCUAUGCAAGCAAGGUAACUUACAAUGUAAGCGAAAACUCGGAAAUUUGUUUGUACAUCAUUUUGGAAGACGUCCCCGUCCAGAAAUUGCCUAAAGUAGGAGCGAAAAUGAGGGAAACUUUGAAGAAAAUCCUCGACGAAAAGCUGAUCGAUAUGGAGCAAUUACACAGCAUCAUCAAUAAGUACAAGCUGGAGAAUCUUAGCAGUUUGGAAAAUUCGCCUCACAACACAAUCGCCUUUAUGAUUAUAGGACACAUGCUUUACGGACACACUAAAGAAGAUUUACAACAGCGACUCAAUCCGUUGACCGAUAUUGCGAAACUCCAGAGCGAACCCCAAUCGUUUUGGCUGGGGAUAUUAGAGAAAUAUUUCGUAAACAACAAAUCGUUAACCGUCCAAUGCAUACCGAGCAUUGAAGAGCAACAGAAAUUGGCCAGCGAAGAGAAACAUCGGGUGGACAAUCAAAUAAAAACGUUGAAAGAAACCGGCUUGAAACAAAAAGGAGAAAUUUUACAAAAAGCCAUCGAAUUCAACGAAACCGAAGCCCCACCCGAGAUGAUCACAUCCGUGCCUAUACCCAGUUUGAAUUCAAUCAAAUUCCACAAUAUCACUAGACACAAAUCGGACGGGGAAUCCAAUCAAAAAAUCAACUUAUCGAAAACCCCUAUUUACACCUACUUCGACCAUUUGAAAACUAACUUCGUCUACCUAUUCGCAACGCUCGAUACGACCAAAGUACCCGCAGACCUCAAGAUCUACCUGCCUCUAUUGAUCGAGUCUCUUCUGCAACUGCCGCUCGAACGCGACGGGAAAAUCAUAUCCUACGAAGACGCCGUAUCGCAACUGAACGACGACACCGUCAGCACGUCCAUAUCGCUGGGCCUCCAGCGAAACGGCCUCUUCAUAUGCGGCAGCUACUCCUCUACGAUCACGCUGAUGCUGCAAGUGGACGCCGCCAAGUACGAAGUCGGCGUGAACUGGCUGAAGGAGCUGCUGUACAAGACCGUCUUCACGCAGGAGAGGAUCAAAGUCAUAGCUAAUAAGUUGAAUAAUUCGGUUGCUCAGUACAAGCGCAGCGGACGGAGCAUCGUCGGGUACAUAUCGAGAGGGAUGCGGUUUAGUAGAGAUAGCAAUAUAUUGAAGAACGGAGUGUUGCAACAGAACAAAUUUCUGACGGAAACGCUCGGGAAAUUGGACGGUAAUUCGGCUAACGAGGUGUUGGAGAACUUGGAGAAAGCGAGGAAAAUCGUGACGGAACCUGCCAACGUGGUGCUCUAUCUUGCUGGGAAUUUGAAUAUUUUAAAGAACCCUUCACAACCGCUCGACGAAUUUCUACCGCCGAACGUUGGGGCUAGCAAGAAGCAAUCACCUUUAAACGCUACGCCUGAUUAUAAAUUUAAAAAAGAUUCGAGCGAUCCACAAUACGGUUGUAUCGUAGGACUGGGCUCUCUGGAAUCCUCCUUUUUCAUUCAAACAACCUCGAGCAUAUCGUCCUAUCACGAUCCGGAUCUGCCAGCUCUAAUGUUGUACCUGCAAUACUUGACUCAAACCGAGGGUCCAAUGUGGAAGCAAAUCAGAGGUAAAGGCUACUCGUACAACUACAGCAUGUUGGUGAAAGUCCACGAAGGUCUGCUCUAUUUGGUGUACGGUAGAGCGACGAACGUCGUGGGAGCUUACAAGGAAACCAAAGAGCUUAUUUUCAAGCAGCUCGAGCACAAAGAAUGGGACCAAUCGCUCAUUGAUUCGGCGAAAAGUUCCAUCAUAUUCGAGAUAAUCGAUGAGGAAAAGACCAUAGGAGACGUGGUUAAUUUGUCGUUUACUUCUUACUUCGAUGGAGUCGAUUACACGUUUAAUAGGACAUUGUUAAAUUCGAUUAACAAAGUGACCAUUAAUGAUUUGAAUCGAGUGGGAGAAAAGUAUGUGAGACCUUUAUUUGAUUGCAAACAAACCAAGACCGCUGUUGUUGUAAAUCCAUCGAAAAUUGGAGAAGUUGCAGAUGAACUUAAAAAAUUAGGUUUAAAUCUCACCACCUACAACUCACUAGAAGAUAGUUUCUUGAAUAAAAUAUAAAUAAGGCUAUUUAUUUAAUUCGGCGACUAGAUAUAUAAGGCUUGGGUGCAAAAAAAAUAUAGUGAAAGCGCAACAGCUUUAUUCGUAUAUAUUUUUAUUACCGCAGUACUAUUGAAAUAAAAAACGUU